UUUCCAUGUUCAGAAUGUGGGAAAUGUCUUACUCGGAAAGCACAUCUUGUUAUACACCUACAGAAAUGUCUGUUACGCAAAAUGCAAAUAGAAUCCAAAUAACACAUCUGUAUAUAUGUCACCAGGUACUAGAAUAUUAUACAUUAAACCUUGGUCCGGUCGUCUUAUUCAUCACAGGAUGUUAAGAAAAAAAAUAAGGUCACAGAAGGGCUGUUGGACAUUGAGAAGCUCACACAAGAAAGAAACAAUAUACAUGCUCAGAAUGUGGGAAAUGUUUUACUGAUUUCUGAGUUCUUUGAUGUACAAAAUGACUUGAUUUAAAAAUGGCUUCUCUUCUGUUUUCAUGUUCAGAAUGUGGGAAAUCAAGUUUUGUUCAACAUCAUAGAACUCACACAGGGGAGAAACCAUUUUCAUGCUCAGCAUGUGGAAAAAGUUUUACUUACAGAUCAAGUCUCGUUGAACAUGAAAAAUCUCACACAGUGGAGAAGCCAUCUUUAUGUUCAGAAUGUGGGAAAUGUUAUACUUGGAAACCAAACUUAUUAGUCAUCAAAGAACUCACACAAGAGAGAAACCAUUUUCAUGCUCAGAAUGUGGAAAAUGUUUUACUUGGAAAUCAGCUCUUCUUCAGCAUCAAAGAAUUAACAUAGGAGAGAAGCCAAUUCAGAGCAAUAAAUGAUGCAGAUAACACAUCUAUAUAUUCACCAUGUACAUAGGAUAUCUGACAUUUAUACAUAUAUCAUAUACUGCAUCUCCAAACUUGUU